CAGACUCUAGGCAAGUUAAAAGAAUACUAUGGUCAGUAGUAUCAAAAGCAGCUCUAAGAUCCACAUUCAGUGCUAUGUAAGGAUCUAAAACUUGAAUGGAACUUGUCUAGGAUAUUUUAAAAAAUUCAUAUGAGAGUGUAGCUGUGAAUAAACAACCUUCUCCAGCAACUUUGAGAUAACCGACAAUUCGGAAAUAGGCCUAUACUUACUGUGUAAAGCUGGAUCAAGAUGAGUUUUUUUAAGCAAAGGCUGCACAAUUGCAUGUUUAAGGCUAGCUGGCACAACUCAGGUAGCUAAAGAGCUAUUAAUAAUGGCUGUCACAAUUGGAGCUGGGCUGAGGAGACUGGUUGAAAGUUGGUUAAAUAGCUGAGCAGAGGUGAUCCCUGAAGAAGACAUAAAAUAAUGAAUCUCUUCAAUUUUAUGAAUGAAAAAAAUUGAGAAAUUCCUCACAGGACUCAUGAGAAAGGUCAGGACCAACAGCCCGAGAAGUAUUUAACACAGAGUCGACCGUAUUAUACAAUACUUUAGGACUAUUUGCGUUCUGAGCUAUUAAUUAAGUGAGAUAUUUUGAUUUUGCCUCUUUCUCAGACCUCUGAUAACUUGUUAAGCACGUCGUAAAAAUGUCAUGAGACCUGCAGUUUGUUAUUCUUCCACAUUCGCUCUGGUUUUCUGCAUUCUUGUCUAAGAGCUCGGGUGCAAUCAUUAAGACAAAGCUGAAGAGUAUCUUUCCCCUUAACUUUCCUGGACUUAUAGAUGCAUUUUAAAACCUUUGUGACGUGCCUCUUUUCUUAAUUGAGUCAGUGUUUUAUUGAGUCAGUGUAACAGUGAUGUGCUGUCAAUGUGGUUUUACUGUAAAAUAUUCCAGCAAUGAUAUACAUGCAGAUUCAAACAUGCAACAGAGAAAUUUGGAACAAGUCAGGCAAGUAAUCUGACCAUUCUUUAAAGCCCUACCUACUGUAACACAUAACACACAAGAACAGGAAGUUAACUAAAGAGAUAACGAAACUCAGAACACUCAGAGUGCUGUUCUCUCUCUCUCUCUCACUCUCACUCUCUCCCUCUCUCUCUCGAUCAGUGUGAGUGAGUGCAGGAAAACUGAUCAGUUCAGCUGUCCAGUGUGUCUGAAUCUCCUGAAGGAUCCAGUGACUCUCCAUUGUGGACAUUGUUUCUGUAAGGUGUUUAUUAAUGUACGCUGGGAUCAGGAGGAUGUGAAGGGAGUCUACAGCUGCCCCCAGUGUAGAGAGACUUUCACUCCAAGGCCUGUUCUACACAGGAAAAACAUGCAGAGACAGGAGAAGAAGAAACUCCAAGCUGCUUCUACUGCUCGCUGGUACACUGGACCAGGAGAUGUGAAGUGCGAUUCCUGCACUGGAAUAAACCGCAAAGCUCUCAAGACCUGUCUGGUGUGUCUGGCCUCCUACUGUGAAGAUCAUCUUCAACCUCACUAUCAGUCUCCGGCCUUUAAGAAGCACAAGUUGGUUGAAGCCUGUGCAGAGCUCCAAGAGAAGAUCUGCUCUGAGCACGACAAACUGAUGGAGAUCUACUGUCGUACUGACCAAAGCUUCAUCUGUUAUCUGUGUACGAUGGAUCAACACAGAGGCCAUGAUACUGUUGUAGCUAAAGCAGAAAGAACUGAAAAACAGAAUGAACUAAAAGAAGAGCAGAUGAAAUCCCAGCAGAGGAUCCAGGAGAAGCAGAAGAAGGUGCAGGAGCUGAAACAGACUGUGGACACUAUUAAGAAGCGUUCACAGGCAGCAGUAGAUGACAGUGAGAGGAUCUUUACUGAGCUGAUCAGCUCCAUGGAGAAAAAGCGCUCGGAGGUGAUGGAGAUGAUCAGAGCUCAGGAGAAAGCUGAACUGAGUCGAGCUGAACGACUCCUGAAGCAACUGGAGCAGGAGAUUGCUGAUCAUAAGAGGAGAGUCACUGAGCUGGAGCAGCUUUCACACACACACGGUCACAUCCACUUCCUCCAGAGUUUCCCGUCUCUCUGUGUUCCUCCUGGAUGUGAGGACUCACCCAGCUUCACUGUCAAUCUCUCAUUUGAUGGAGUGAGGAAAUCUCUCUCAGAUCUGAAAAAACGAGUCGAGAAAAUCUGUGAGAAGGAAUUCAACAAAAUCCAUCCACAAUCUGCAGCAGUUCCGAUGAUUUUACCCUCAGAACCAAAAAGCAGAGAAGAUUUUCUGCAGUUUUUCUGUUAUCUGACUCUGGAUCCAAACACAGUACAUCAUGAACUCAUUCUCUCUGAGGAGAACAGAGCGGUGACACGCAGUAGGACAAAACAACAAUAUUCUGAUCAUCCAGAGAGAUUUGAUUACUGGUGUCAGGUGUUGUGUAAGGAGAGUGUGUGUGGACGCUGUUACUGGGAGGUGGAGUGGAGCGGUGAUGUGUCCAUAUCAGUCUCAUAUAAAGUGAUCAGCAGGAAAGGAGGGGGUGACGAGUGUUUGUUUGGCUACAACAGUCAGUCCUGGAGUCUGGUGUGUUUUUUGUCCUCUGUCUCUUUCUGUCACAAUGACAUUGAGACUGAGCUUCAAGGUCCAGCGUCCUCCAGAAUAGGAGUGUAUGUGGAUCACAGUGCAGGAACUCUGUCCUUCUACAGCGUCUCUGACACGAUGAGGCUCCUCCACAGAGUCCACACCACAUUCACUCAGCCUCUAUACGCUGGGUUCUGUAUAGGUUCUUAUGACUCGACUGUGAGAAUAAUGUAAUCCAAUAUGAAAUGUUAGUAAUAGCUUCAGUGGUAAUAUUUUGUACAGAAACAGUAAUGAAUGUAACAGUAAUGCAUUAUUAUUAUUAUUAUUAUUUACAAAAUUAAAUUCAGUAGGAUUUCAGUGCUGUAUAAGCUGACUGCUUUUGACCAGACUUAUAAAAUAUUAAGUAACUUUUUUUAAACUCUGAUGAAUGUAUGUUUACAUGAUGUUUUUAUGUUAAUAAAUCUCAUUAAUGCACAAAAUUUCCAAUAUGA